AUGCAAUUCUCCUUCCUUUUUGUUGUGAUCUUCUUUCUCUUAACCGUACUUUUGGCUUGUGGUCGCCUUCGAAGGUACAAGUUUUCUUCAAAUUCUCUGGCCGUCGGAGAAGAAAGCUCCCCCGUGGGCGGCGUCGUCGAUGUCGUCACUGAUGAUGAAAGCAAUUUACGCAGAAACUCGUGGCCGCUUUACUACUCGCAGGCGAAGCGGAUCAGCAAUGUCUUCAAUCCUUCUUCUUGUUCAAUCUGCUUGAGGGAUUAUAAGGAAACUGAUAAGUUGAGAUUGCUUCCGGAUUGUGGCCACCUUUAUCACCUUCACUGUGUCGAUCCAUGGCUCAGGUUGCAUCCUACUUGUCCCUUGUGUCGAACUUCUUCUUCUCCCUCUGUAGUUAGUAAUUCUAUGCAAAAUACCGUGAUAGUUAAUGUUGCUUAG